UAGGAGGGACCCCCGUCCAAAUAGCAGGCAGUGUGUGGUGGGCAGCGUUUAUUGUUUUCCCCAGGGUGUUCGUUUCUAGUGACCCCAGCUAGUAUUACUUUCGCGCGCGCACCAAAUUCGGGGAUUGUUUCGUCGUCUCGUCAUCGUUGCUGGGUCACGGGAGCUGGUGGUCCGUGUCCGUCGUCGUCGUCGUGGUGCGUUGUUUGUGGUCUUUCUGUGAUACCGUUUCGCGUAAAAUUGGAAAAGUUACGCUCUAGUAGGCGCUGCCCGUCGUACCCACUCGCCGCGACGCGCCCUCCUUUACAACAAAGCUUUUUCGUUCGACUACGAUCGUGUCCAGUGCUGUGUGUGGUGAUAUCGUGACAUCGAAAUAGCGAAAUUCCGGAUAUAUCGGAUUCUUGCGCUGGCACGCGGCAGUAGGGCUGGUGGUGGUGCAUACUAAUCAUUUACACCUCGGUCCCGUGGUCCCUCUGGAGCGCGGAACAGGAAACCACCCUUCCGCGGGAUCCGUGAUCGUACCGUGCCUCGUACAGUGUAUUAUUGUUUGAGUAUUUGUUUUUUUUUGCCGUAAGUUAAAUGAGUUGUUCGGUGCGCGUCGAACAUGUCGAAAAGUAAAGCGGCCCACCCGAAGCUCGAUAGCGAUCGUGUCGAGAUAAAGUCGAAGUUCGAUGCGGAAUUCCGUCGGUGGUCGGUCAAACGGUCCGAGCAGCACUCGUUCGAGGUGUUCCAGUCGCUGAUCGAGCGGCUACACCGGCUCGACCGCUCGCAUCUGCUCAUCUCCUACAUCGAUCCACGGGACAACGAUCUGCUACCGAUCAACAAUGACGACAACUUCGGACGGGCCCUAACCACGGCACGGCCCCUGCUCCGUGUAAUCAUACAGAAGAAGGGUGAUAGUCUCGAGGAACGGACGGGUUAUGGUACGAUUAGACCUAGGAAUCUUAUCAGCAGUAUUCUGGGACAAACUCCGGUCAAGCAGAAAGGACUAGCCAUCUCCAAUCCGCACGACUUUCGGCAGGUGUCAGCAAUUAUCGAUGUGGAUAUUGUACCGGAAACGUGUCGCCGAGUGCGUCUGCUAAAGCACGGUAGUGAUAAACCCCUCGGAUUCUACAUUCGUGAUGGCACAUCGGUUCGGGUGACGGCCAGCGGGCUGGAAAAGCUUCCCGGUAUUUUCAUCUCCCGCCUCGUACCGGGCGGGUUGGCCGAAAGCACCGGCCUACUGGCGGUGAACGAUGAGGUGCUCGAGGUGAACGGGAUCGAGGUGCUGGGCAAAACCCUCGACCAGGUCACGGACAUGAUGGUGGCGAAUAGCUCCAAUCUAAUCAUCACGGUCAAGCCGGCCAACCAGCGAACGUUGGCCCCACCGAGGCGCGGAUCGUACUCGCGCAACAGUCAGCUGUCCGGCGGUUCGCAACAGUCCCAACAGACGACCGGCUCGGACGAGAACGAUCCGGACGAUCAGGAGGACGAGGUGCGCGACCUAACCGAGGCGGUCACGCUCGAGGAAAGCAAUCUCAUCUCGCAGAAGGAUGGCGUACUGCAUCUGUAAGACACUUCCCCCAACAGUCGAUCUAGAAAUCGAAUCCGACGAUCGGAUACCGUGGCGCGCCUGAUUCACACACACACACACACCAAUCCCGAUCGUCGCCCCCAUUGGGGGUAUUUUUUGCUUUUAACGACCGUAAAAAGCGGAAGCGGAGACACAUUACUCAUCUACACACUGCUGUUCGAUAAACGGGAAAAAAACCAAUGUUCGGCAAGUCUCCGAGAGCAGGCAGAAGGUGCACAACAAGCAGCGAGACGAGAUUAGGGAAACACGAAACCCCCUCGAACGGGUGCUGAUGCUGUUUGAAGAAGAAAUCUGCCUUUUUAAAAUAGUACUUUUUGGAGGAUGUUUUGGGCGCGGACAAACGAUGAUACACCACACACGGAAGCGGACGGAGAAGUGUUACCAAAAAACCGAAAAUAAGAACAAGCGAAAUGCUAGCACACCGCAUACACACGGUCUCAUGCUCAACAAUUGCUCAGCACUUAAUCGCCGGAAUCGGCGCACAGGAGGAUGUUGCGCCCCGCUUCAUCAAUACUCCGGGCGGGUGAAUCACAAGAAGACAUUCGUGGCCCCAAAAUAAGCGCAAGAAGGUUGUUGCUUUUUUAGACAUUACACCGGAAGUAACAGUGUUCUAAGAACCGUGUGCCUUUCCAGUAAACAUUCCAUUUUGAGAGGCAGAGGCCAACCAACACAACCUCUUUUGGGUGAGUUGGUGCGAAAGUCCCAACCCUCCCGAUCGCGAUCUUUAUCAAUCGAAAAAAGACCAAGAAACUGGACGCAAAGAAAGGGGCGGCAAGUGAACCCGGGCGGGGGCAACGUCAAGAGCCUGGAAAAUUUACACAAUUAGCAAUAAUCGAAGAAAGUGAACAAAUAGGUACCAACAUACCCGAUAGAGAGUACUUAAAGUGAACGGAACAGUAGUUAUUUACCUCCAUUAAUGAUAUAGUAUAGUAGCAAACGAAACAACCGAAUUAACGCUCAUCCAUCCAUUCCUCCCCGGAGAGCGCGUUGGAGGUGUUCACCGAUACAUUCCACACGUGCAAGUGCCUGCACAAAAGCGCCGGGAGACACACACGCCCCCCGGAGACACGCGUUGGCCUUAAUAAGAACGACGAUAUACCAAAUACAUUCCGAGUUAUUGUCGGCUGUUGUGUACUUAAAUCGAAACCUCACGUACUUUUUGGAACGCUAAAUCUACAUUAAACAUAACAAGGGUACUGGGUCGUCAGUGCACCGACUUCGAGAUGUUGCCCGUUAAGCGGUGUUUCCCGUUUGUGUAAUCAUUUCCAUUCAAUGUGAUGCGUGACGGCAGCUUAGUGAGAACCGAGCGACUGAAUAGAGCGAGGGAGCGAACAACAAGGUCUCCCAGAAUGCACGAGAAAAGCGCUCGCCAACAAAAAGGGUACUGUCCUUUCCGGUCCUACACUUGCGUAACGGUUAUUAUAUUAUAUUAUACACAGUAUUUCUUUGUUAUUCGCGUAGAGUGUAGAGUGCGACAGGUACUUAGUGGGGUCCCUUCCCAAAUGAAUACACAUUCUCUUAUUUAAAAACACACAAAUUCCCCAAAUUAGUUUCGCGCCGUGUGUUCGUUAUACUCUACCGCUUGGGAUGCGCAUCUGAAAUCGUAGUAGUCUGUUUUUCCUCUGGCGUGAGUUAAUUUGUAAAACAUGACGGUCCGUGGAAUGCGACCGCCGAUUGCCUUAUGCGAAGCAGGAAAAACAAACGGUUUAAACCGCGGAACAUAAAACCACACGCGCGUUCCACGUUGUUUAGGAAGUCGAAAACAAUAGAGAUAGGGAGACACAAUAUUUGCUCCAAACAACCCGCACGCACUCCCUGUUGCCGUAGCUGGAUCGUUAAAAAAUGCUCUUGAAAACUGUUUUCGAAAACAAAAAUAUGAAAAUAUAUUAAA